AUGGGGCUGGUAGAUUCGGUAAAGGGUUUACCCGUACUCCUUCUCGUGGCACUCAUCUUGAUAUUGGUAGCCAAUCUGUUCAAUGGGAUUGCGUUUUCCACGACAGCAUGGGGAGAAUACUUCUCUUACAUCGCUAACUCCAAUGUAAUCGACCCAACGGCGACGUACACGAACGUGGGCCUGUGGCGUACCUGUACAGGAACACAGGUGACAUACGCCCUUGAUGGCCUUGGGGCAUGCAGUUAUACUGCUCUAGGAACAGCACAAGGUUGGAUGGCGUGUGUUCAGGCCAUGGCUGUGUUUGGAUUUGCCGGAAUCUUGGGUUCUUUGAUUUUAAUGAUGGCUUACCUACUGGGAGAAAAGAACGGUGACUACAUACUGCUAGCGGCCUUUAUCUGCAUAAUUACAGGCGUCUUGUAUUUUAUUGGGAUCGUCAUGUACGGCGCGAAGUUUUACAGCCCUGUGAUCACUUCGGGUUUUGGGCGCACCUUGUCCUGGUCAUUUGGACUUGCAGUGAUUUCCAUGAUCCUCGAGAUAGUAGCUGGUGUACUGCUUCUAUUGGGCCGGAAGGGUACCGCUACUUCGCCGUCCUAG